UAUAGAUAAAUAUUUAAAAUGUAGUCCUCCAUUAUAAAUAUGUUUUUAUUUACAAGUACAAAUAUAUUUAUCCUUCUUUAAGAAUUUUAUACAAAGAAUGAUAUUAAAUCUUUUUACAACUCUUGAUUAUCCGAAUUCUUUACCUUUAGGAAUACUUACCCUUAUGUUAACAUGUCGUAUGUAGAAAAAUUCAGUGAAAUUCUAGUGGAUUCAAGUAAAAAAGUUGAAUCUCUGGUAUUUGGUUCAUGCUGCCUUUUGACCCUGAUUGUUUUUAUAUAUGUGAUUAUAAAGAUAUUCUCUUCACCAAAUAAACCGCCAACUUGCGAAUCUAUAAUAAUCGCACUAUCAUGCUUUCAGUUAUCUCUGGGGACGUGGUUCUAUUUUGUAGACGACGAAUCUUACAUAAAUAUUCUAAACAAAGGAAUCAAGGUACUACAAUGCCAAGUAAUUUCUUGGACUUGUAUGUACAUCUUGAUGAAGUCAAAGGAGCGGUAUUACAUGGCGUUUAAGGUGUUUUCAGGAUGUUUCUCCGGAGUAUUGUUGUUUUUACUUUUCUAUGGAUUAACGAGUGGAGAGGUCCCGUUUUACCUAAAAAUUAACAUAUACGUCUCGUUUCUAUGGCUCACAAUGUCUUCUGUCAUAUUAGCAAUCGCAAUAAUCAUAAGGAGGAGACUAAAGUUUGCAAUGCUAUUCAAGUUUGACGUGGAAGAGAUCAUCGAUGUUGAAAUUCAGAAGAUGGAUAAAUCCAAUGAACUAGUAGACACAUUCACAAAUUCGAAGUUUUCCCAGUUUUUCCUGUUAUCAGCAAUGGAAUUUUCCACUUCAAUGAUAACAUUUAUAUGGGAUCUAAUCAUAUUUUUGAAUGUUAAGAAGAAUGAAAAGAUGAAUUUCUAUGAGCUGGACAUGCCAAUAUUUAAGGAAUUCUUACACAUCAUAACAAACUCGCUUCUUAUAUUGAUACCUAACUGGACUAUAUUCUUCGUUUUCUACUGGUUACAGAGGAGAAAUUAUUCGAAAUUAUCGAAAGACUGGGACGUCAAUAUGUCUUCUGUAGAAUAUACUAAAGAACCGAAUCAAUUUUACUAGAAACUCUAAAUGUUAGUAUGGAACGUUUCAAAAGUUCAAUGAAUAAAUUUUUAUUGUAAUAUUAGUGUAUAAUAUUUUAAAUUUGAUGAA